AAAUAAUCAUACCCGGCAGUUCGGGAGCAAAGACAGAUGACAACAAGCCUCCGUGUCAUGAAGUGGUGAAGAGGGCUGAAAAGUCACCCCAUGUUUGCUCUGCUCACAAACGACUCUGUCGUGAAUCCACACACACACACGUUCCUGACGUCCAUCAACAUGGGUCCCUCCCAAUUUCCCCGGGGGGAACGGGGUUCGGGGGGCGCACUCCAGGUCCGGGGAAGUGGAUACCUGGACGGCCGGCGCUGUUCACUCUCCCCGUGCGUGUUGUUCGAACGACGGCGAGAGGGCCCAUCCGGUGCACGCACGACACGGCUCGGUAAUCGUAAAAUGUCAAACGGAGUGCGACGGACAGACCAGGACAUGAACGCCAGCACUGUGUCGCCUGAUAGACAGGAACUUAAUUAAGCUAUGUAUCUUUUGAUUGCCACUGACACAAGAUAAACCUGCCCUGGACGGUCGGACGGACGGACGGACGCUAUCAUGUGCGCUCUUCGACAAUACCAUAACUUUUCCAAUGUCGACUUCCAUCACAAAGGGGGGAAUAGACUGUUUUGGUUACCUAUAAUUGUCUGGAACAUCUGGAUGAAAUUGAACAUGCGCACUUCGAUCUCUCGGUCGGUUCGAG